GUAUCUCUUUUGUUGAACAGUCUGGCACCGCACAGGGAUGCCUCAGUUGUGAAAGGCAGCAGGUGAGACAGAGGCCGUGAAAAGAUGGGUAGCAGCACAAGCUACUUUUAUCACCCGCCUAAUCCUUUCUUCGCCUCCAUCCGAGGUGGGAUGUACCAAUACAAGGUGAUCGUUGUAUCAGGCAACAUACUGCCCAAUGGUGAGAGUUUGGAAAUCAACCUGCGUGCUGGGACUGACAUCGCCUUUCACUUCAAAGCUCUAUUCGAUGAAAAAUAUGUGGUCCGAAACUCUCAGAUCCGGGGCUCCUGGGGGCGAGAGGAGACAGACCCACCUGGCAGCAUGCUCCUCAUCCCAGGACAGAGCUUCACGGUGCAGAUCACAUGCGAACCCACCUGCUACAGGGUGACAGUAAAUGACCAACACCCGCUGACAUAUGAGCAUCGCCUGACGGACUUUCCAUCCAUCGGUCACCUGGAAGUAACUGGCGAUGUUAUGCUUACUUAUGUGCAGUGCUAGUUGGGCUCCAGAGCCCAGUGAAGGGCUGGAGACAUAGCUGUCUGUGUCUCUUCCCUUCCUCUGCCCUUCCUCCACCUUCUGAGCCCUGCCAUGCUAACAGGUGGUGCCCUGAGGAUUUCCCACCCAGGGGAGCCUCCAGGUCCAUUCCUCCUGGCAGCGAGGGAGGACUGAUUCUUCUGUGCACCAGCCCAGGCCCAUGCUGCAUAACGUUCUCAAACACCCUCCUGUCCUCUGUGCAACCCAAGCUAGUCCCAAGCCACAGCUAUGCAAUGGAGGGCCCAGGUGCCCUCCACAGCCCCCAUUCCUGGGACCUUCACCUUCUCUCCCUGACUUUACACACUGCUGCAAUACUGUUCCCUCUCUGGAGGUUACUCUGGUAACAUCCUGCUGGCGUCCACCCACUGAGCAGAACUUUCUCAGCACUGGGCACUUCCCCUUCCUGGCAUUCAUAAAAUAAAGAAAAACAAUG